GGACAUUUUUCGCUUUUCUUUGUAUUUCUGACACGCCUGACGCUUUCCUUCCAUUUCCACUGCUGAAACUGAAACUGAAACUGAAACACAGUGGGAGGUAAUUGGUUUCUCCUCGAAGAGAGACUUAAAAUUCGGGGGUUUUAACUUAACCUCCAUUAAUGAAAAUUCUCAAUUUCUCAAUCUAAUUUCUUAAUUAUUUUAAUUUCAUCCUCUCCCUCUAUUUCCAAUGGCCGAUGUUUCUGAUUCUUCUUCUCUCAUCCCUCCCUCUCCGAUCACCGAGCCCACCGAGAUCGAUCUUGAGGCCGGCCCCGGCGACCAAAUUCAGUGUCGAAUUUGCCUUGAAACUGACGGUAGGGAUUUUAUAGCCCCGUGCAAAUGCAAAGGAACGUCGAAGUAUGUGCAUCGGGAAUGUUUGGACCAUUGGCGAGCUGUGAGGGAGGGGUUUGCAUUUGCUCAUUGCACAACCUGCAAGGCCCCUUACCAUUUGAGAGUUCAUGUUGCUGCCGAUAGGAAAUGGAGAACUCUGAAAUUUAGGUUCUUUGUGACUAGAGACAUAGCUUUUAUAUUUCUGGCUGUUCAGCUUGUCAUUGCUUCACUUGCAUAUUUGGUGUAUUUAAUCGAUAGUUAUCAGCAUUCUUGGCUUCGACAUGCAUGGGGCUUGGAUAAUGAGCUUAGUUUCUAUUACAUAUGCGGAGCACUUUUGUUUUUUGCUUUGCUGGGGCUAUCUGGGUGCUUCAUUACUUGUUAUGAUCGAAGAGUUCGCAGUGAUCUGGCUCAGCCUUGCCGAGAAUUAUGUCUUUGUUGCUGUCAGCCUGGAAUGUGUGCAGACUGCCAUUUACCUGGAACUCUUUGUAUGUGGACCGACUGUACCACUUGCUUUGAAAGCUGUGCAAGUGCAGCUGGUGAAUGUGGUUGCUUGGGAGGUGCUGGUGAAGCAGGGUUACCGUUAUUAUUUAUAAUGGCUUUGAUUGUGCUGGGACUUUUUACAGUGAUUGGUAUAUUCUAUAGUGUUUUAGUAGCUACUAUGGUUGGACAACGAAUUUGGCAACGGCAUUAUCACAUACUUGCAAAAAGGAUGCUAACAAAAGAAUAUGUCGUGGAGGAUGUUGAUGGUGAGAUGACGGGAUCUGAUUGGUCUCCUCCACCUCUCCCACCCGAGCAUGUUCAGCAGUUGAAAAAUCUUGGUCUGUUAUGAGCAAAGGAGGUGAUAUCAUUGAUCACAGGAAUAACAUACUGUAGAGAUGGACCGGUAAUCUAUUUUGGUAGGUCAGUCUAUACUGCGAGCCUUUGGACUUUUACUUAGUAUGAAAAUGCCUAGGUAAGACAAUACCAGAGGCGCUUUGAUGUUGUUCAGAUUACAUUUUACAAAUUUUCAAAGGAUAAUUUGCUAAAAGUUCCUGGUAUUGUCGCAAUACUUCUGUGAGUAAAGAAAACUGAAACAAGUUGUCCUGAAAGUAACUAACAAAAGGUGUUUCAUCAUCUAAUCUAUUCCUAUGUUUGUAACCUAUUGCGGAAGAAAAAAAGAAUGAUGCUGUGUAAUAUUGGUUUAAGGCAUAAACCAUUGCUUGUAAUAUUUUGUUUGGUAUUCUGAAAUCAGUUUCUUAAAUUAUGCA